UAUAUAAAAGCAGACCCCAGUGGCCAUCCUACCAGUCCGUUUUCCUCCGAUAGUACGGCCGGUUGUUUUGACAGGAUGAGAUCCGUGCUCGCUGUUCGCGUGGUGCUAUUGAUAAGCCUAAUUUCAUUAGUGUGUGGAAACCAUGCCGAAAGCAGUAAAAGUAGUAAUAACAACCACAGCCACAAACAUAGACCUAAAAGAUAUGAGGAGGAUAACCAAACAGAACAGGUUUACUAUGUCGACCAAAUAGCAUCUGAUUCUGAGAUAUCUCCCUGGACAUCAAAUCGCAUAAUCGCCAAAACUACUGAAAAUGGUAAACCGUCCCAGUAUAUUAUCAAUGUGUCUCCUGAUGACGAGGUUAUAAUCCAUGACAGAGGUGCAAAUGAUCGAAGCUCUGCGCAAGAGCCGGAUCAUGACCAAUCGCCGCAAGAUUACGUCAAACAAGCGUUACGUCUUCGUGAGCAGUACUUGAAAGGAUCCAAGAAUCCAACGGCACUUCCAGCAAGCUCUUUCGUAGAAUAUACCACGGUCAAAUACGACCACAAACCGCCACCAUCUGCACCACCGGUCCACUAUAGCAAACCUGUUUCAUCUAGGCCUACUCCUCCUCCUCCUCCUCCUCCUCCUCCUCAUGUCUAUCAAGUUCCAGCCUUUCAUCGUCCAAAGCAUAUCAAAUCGAAACCGAGCACACCUCCAGUAAGAGCAGUCACUCAAUUUAGUGACAUCGAGUUGCCCGAAGCUGAAGCCACCAGCCCUUAUAGAAAGGAAAAUAUGAAAGCGCCGCCAAAGUCCCCAAAACAAACAAGUAUUAAACAACAGGACACAGCAGCAUCAUCAAUGUACAUUCAAAAAGUGAAACCUAUGGAUUCCGUCAUUACCAGUUACAAUACUCAUCAUGAUACUGGCAACAGUUUCAAAGAAUUUCAGCAUCUUCCCCUAGUCGAUUCGGAUGGAUCGGAAUCCAUCCUAAACGUGGACCGAGUCAAACCGCUCACAGAAACAUUCGCUAAACGCCAGCCUGUCUCUAAUUACGAUGACUCAAUUGAUUAUUUCGAGAAUAAACACAAUAAGCAUAUUUCAUCAGAAGAAAUUCGCUUCAAACCAAAACUCAUUAAACCCACCGAAAACUAUCCUAAAACAGAUCAGUUUCCUAAUUAUCCCGAGAAAAUCCGUCACACUAUGGAACGAAACCCAAUGCAUCAUUUCAAAGAACACACGGAAUCCCCCAAAGCUGGAAUAAAGUUCGAACAAGACUCUCAGCCUUCGGCAGAACCAUAUCGCUACAUUCCGCCAAAAAGCUACCCUCCAGAAGAAGCCCAAAAAUUUAAAUUUCUAAAGGAAAUAUCCACAACUGUUGAACCAUACAAACCUCAUCAGCAGAUAAAAACUUAUGUCGACGAAAGAUCAAAACCCCGUGAAUUGUUUCAAAAAGAGGACCAUCGCUCUUAUAAUCCUCAACCUAAGAAACACCACCCGGAAUAUUUCAGUGACAGACCCAAACAUUCGCAGACUUUUACGGAGGAACAAUCAUAUAAGAAAGAGCCGCACCGACACAUGCCGUUCGAUUUUAAACAUCCCGAGUUUCACAAAUCCACCCGCGACAAACAGAUGGAAGAACACUCCGAAGGACAUUAUGAUUACCUAAAAGUGGGUUCCUCACCUUUGUCCAAACAUUUUGAAGAUCCCUCACCAACGACCGGUUACUCUAAGGUCACGGCAUACCCUACCCAAGAAACAUCAAGCACACAUCAAACUUAUCACCACGUGAAGGUGUCAGAAAACGAUCCGUAUAAAUUCAAACCCAGUCCAACGCCUGAAAUUUCCGUACUUAGUCAUGGCUUCCAUAAACCCUCUACACACUUUUCUCCCAAGUAUAUACCCACAAAAAUGCCACAGUUCCAAGAACCAGAACUUGGUUUGAAAAAGAUGUAUCCCUCCCAGGAUCCCAUGUCGAACUACAUUCCUUCAUCGACCCAAGAAAGUUACAGAGUUUCCUCGGAGUACCCGAAAGUUUUCUCAAUGGCACCUACCACAUACUCCCCAAAAUACGCCAUCUCAUCAACGCCUGAAACGUUCGACUUUCCUCACAUGAGUGAAGUACCCAAAAGCUUCUCGAAGUACGGUGAUCCAACGACAUCUUCUAAAGUCUACGGUACCAUCGUACCAUCGGAGCAGCCUUUCAAAACACUGAGCACCAAAAUCUACAUGAAGCCAUCGUCAACCGAGCAUUCCUACAGCGAUUUCAAAGAUCCAACUUUGAAGUCAGCACAGAAUAGAACCACCGGUGAUGAAUUCAAGCCUUCCCCUAUCGAAGAACCGAAAACAGAAUACUAUACCAAUCCUGAAUUGACAACCUACUAUGUGUUCGCCAACGGAACAGAAAUUAAGCUUGGCAACGAUCCAUCCAAAAUUCCUCCAGAGUUUCGAGUCACCUCUGGGGACACUUCGUUUUUCAGCAGCAACUACUCCACAAAGUUAGCCGAAGAUCUUGCGAUGAAGUACAACUGGGACACUAUUCCGUCCUCCACCCGGGACGGGGAAUUCUACGUCAGUUCGGAAACUGCCAUGCGGGAAGCAUCGGAUCACAUCACACGUGAGAAGAAAAAGGGGAAACCUUUGCAACAUUCGAAGCCCUUGAAACCGAUCAAGACAAUCACGGUUUACAGGAACACUCAUCGCUCCGCAGAUGACAGCGAGCUGGAAGGAGGAUUCGAACCAUCAGAACAUUUCGCAAAGUUGGAGAAGGAUCCACGUAUCAGUGAUAAAAGGGGUGAAGUUGCGGAUGAUGACGAGGAUUUUUUCUUCGCAAAUGGGGAGGUAAUUUUGCAAGAUGAUCCCAAUAAAGCCUCGAAGAAAAACGCAAUAUUUCUACCGACGAUCAAUCGACCAGGUCAGGUAAUGUUAAAGAUUACAAAACAACAGCAACCUCAACAACUGUCACAGGAUCAACAGGUACCGGACAUGGAUAUGAGCGCGGAGCCUUCGAAAAAGCAAUAUUUCGUCCUUUAUCACAUUGAGGACAAUAAAAAGAAACCAAAACCACCUACAACUACUCAAGCUCCGACGCAACCACCAAUUAAGCAAGAAAUCCAUUAUCACUACUCUGAGAAUGAAACUGAAGACCCCGAGGUUACCCACGAGCACUAUAAUUACCACCACGAAGAGACGAUUGAGGAAUCAGAUGACGAUAUACAGCACCACUAUGUCAAUCCAAACGCUGGAAAGUUCAACUUCAGACCGAACAUUGCCCAUUCAUCUUACAAAUAUAAAGACUCUAGUGGUUCUGACAGUGAAACAACUAUAAGAGUUAUAGAUCCUAACGGUAAGAACAGCCAACCGCUAGAAAUCACAAAACAAGAUUAUAUGCGUCACGUUCAGAACGCUGUAAUCAAGUACAUGAAGCAACUGCAAGAUGAAGGGAAACUGACGAGUGCGAUACAGCGCGAUUCCGAUGAAACUCAAAAAACAUUCGAAGAAGUGGAUAUAGCGGCGCUUCUGAACGGACAUAACGCCAAACACAAGUUUCAACUCAGCGCCCCCAUGAAGGUAGCUCUCCCAGUGAAUCCCAGUAACUACAAGCCAGUUAAAACUGUGCCAAGCUCCAGCACAUACAAGCCAAUUGUAAAUCUGAAAAUUCCUAAGAACACAUAUCCAGCUGGAAAACCACUAAAAUCAGCUAUCGAGAGUCUCCAAGAGCAGCUUGGGAAUAGCGUUGAUCUGACGGUGAAGACACCCAAGGCUACAGUGAAACCAGAUCUGUCUGCUAUCGAUGUUGGUCAGUCGUACCUGCACGGGCCAAGUUACGAACCGGCGCAGCCACUGAAGACAGCGGCCAGUAGCUUUGAAAACCCGUCCGUAGUGCAAAUACCGUCACAAAAAGCAAAGCUUCAUUUCAACCAGCAAACCUACCACGACAUCAACUCGCUGACGAAUGUUAAGGAAACACAGAGCAUGAAACCAUCAUCUCCGUACUCGUCGAUCAAGGGAGGUACGGCCAGCGUUGGUGCUUCGAUCAGCUUCGGCGGCAGUGGGGCAAGAGGAUCGCCUACCGAGGAGGACCACAAGCUAGGGCCGGAGGCUCUUGAUGCACCGAUCCAAAUCAUCAAUGGAAUCCCGGUGACGAACCCGUACAAUAUCGAUAUCAACACAUUGAGAUACAUGCUGGGUGGCCUAGCCCAAGCUCAAGCUGAGCAACAACAACAUAAUACAAAACCACAAGAAACAACCCUCAAGCUGAAGGGUGCUAAUUGGAUGUCCCUGCCUACGGUUACAAGUCCGGCCCAGAUUUUCUCAUCUAAUAUGCCAACGUUCCACCACUCACCAUCCGAAGCGAACAAUUAUAAGUACAAUUCCAACUUCGACAGCAGUAACUUCAAAAUCAAGCUGCCCAAGAAUAUGAAGGAUUUCAAGAUGAAACCGGUGGGGGCGGAUACCAUUGGUAGCAGUUCGAUGAACUAUGCCUCCUGGGGCGAACCGAUACGGCAGAAUCGUCCCGUUGGAUCCCAACAGCAACAACACCAUCAGCAUCAGCAGCCACAACAAUUACAGCAUGUACAACAGCAACAGCAACAAUAUCAACACCAGCUGCAACAAGUUCGACCAAAUCGCGAGUUUAAUGCCGAGCUGUUCCUCAACCCUCACGGCACACAGUUCGCGAGUCCAAUCAUGAGAAAGAAAAAUGGCCCAGUCGAUCGAAAGAGCAUCCCAAAUAAACCGGUGCCAUCGAACAAGGUAAAGUCGAGCAGCUUGGACACAAACCUGCGACCUCCGCCCAGAUAGGGUUGAGCACAGGGGAGUCAUAAUGAUUCAGAUGAGCUAAGGGGUGUGCGAUAUUGGGCUUUAGUUGCAGUAGUAAGUGAUUCAGUGUAGAUAGUACUGCUAAGGUUACGUUUUAGAGUAUUCAAGGUUUAUUUGUAUUUAGGCAAUUUCCAUUUUUUCCGCUUAGACAAUUGUGGACAUUAAUUUUAUUCGAUUAAUUUAUUAUUUAUUGUUUGGUGCUGUUACAAUUUUAAGAAUGCUGUAAAA